GCCUUGCGGGGCGCCGUCGUUCGCUCUUCGCCGCUCGCCGUGAUGAUCCACGAGCUGCUGUUGGCGCUGCGCGGCUACACCGGAGGCCUCUUCGUUGCCGUUGGAGGCGGCGGCGGCAGCGUCUGCCUGCAGGUGCCUCAGGAGCCGGUGCUGCCGCCCUUCCUUCACCCGAGCGAGGCCGCCCUCCUGGCCCGCGUCUGCCGCCUAGGCGCCUUCUACAUUCGCUUCAGCGACUUCGUCGAGCAGUUCGCAGCCGAGCACGUCCAGCCGCCUCCCUCGCAAGGAUGCCCCUCGCAGGGCGGGCAGCAGCAGCAGCCUCCCCCCGGCGCCCAGUCAGCCCCUUCAGCAGCUGCAGCCCUGCCCGUGCAGCCGCAGGAUCUGCACCCCUCCCAGCAAGGGAUUUAUCUGCGGGCUUUCUGCACUGGGCUUGAUGCUGUGCUGCGUCCAUAUCGGCAGGCCCUGCUUGACUUGGAGCAGGAGUUUCUGGCCGAUCCUCACCUUACCAUCUCGCAUGUCAAUUAUUCGCUGGAUCAAUUCCAGCUCCUUUUCCCCUCACUGAUGACUGUGGUGGAGCAAAUAAAGACCCAGAAGGUUCAUGGCUGUCAAAUCCUGGAGGUGGUUCACAGACACAGCCGAGGUGGCCUGCCACCCGUGCGCCGUGCUUUGGAAAAGGUCUUGGCCAUGUGCCAUGCUGCUAUGUACAAACAGCUCUCUGCCUGGAUGCUGCACGGGCUGCUCCUGGACCAACAUGAGGAGUUCUUCAUCAAACAAGGCCCUUCCUCGGGGUCUGUCCCUGCCCAGCCCGAAGAGGAGGAGGAGGACCUGGGGAUCGGAGGGCUGACGGGGAAACAGCUGCGAGAGCUGCAGGACAUGCGGCUGAUUGAAGAGGAAAACAUGUUGGCGCCAUCCCCAAAGCAGUUCUCUCUGCGGAUUGAAAUGCUGCCAUCCUACAUCCCUGUGCGAGUUGCUGAGAAGAUCCUUUUUGUGGGAGAGUCUGUCCAGAUGUUUGAGAGUCAAAAUGUGAGCCUUACCAAAAAAGGCUCCAUCCUGAAGAACCAGGAGGACACCUUUGCAGCUGAGCUGCAUCGCCUCAAACAGCAGCCUCUCUUCAACCUGGUGGACUUUGAGACAGUGGUGGACUGGAUACGGAGCACUGUGGCGGAGCACUUAUGGAAACUCAUGGUGGAAGAAUCGGAUUUAAUAGGACAACUGAAGAUUAUUAAAGAUUUUUAUCUCUUGGGGAGAGGAGAACUGUUUCAGGCCUUCAUUGACACCGCACAGCAGAUGCUGAAGACACCUCCCACCGCAGUGACAGAACAUGAUGUGAAUGUGGCCUUCCAGCAGUCUGCCCACAAAGUGCUGCUUGACGAUGACAACCUGCUUCCUCUUCUUCACCUGACCAUCCACUAUUAUGGAAAGGAGCACCGAGAUGCCGCUCAAGCUCGAGACACGCCUUCUCGGGAACUCUCUCCCCAUGAAUCCCCUGCAUCAGGCUGGGCUGCUCUGGGGCUCUCCUACAGAGUGCAGUGGCCCCUGCAUAUCCUCUUUACUCCUGCCGUCCUGGAAAAGUACAAUGUGGUCUUCAAGUACCUGUUAAGUGUGCGUCGAGUCCAGGCUGAGCUGCAGCACUGCUGGGCUCUACAGAUGUGGUGCAAGCGCCUGGAAUCCAACAGGACAGAUGCCAUCAAGUGGCAACUGCGCCAUCACAUGACUUUCCUUGUAGACAAUCUGCAGUACUACCUGCAGGUGGAUGUUCUGGAAUCUCAGUUCUCCCAACUUCUGCAGCAGAUCAACUCCACCCGUGACUUUGAGAGCAUUCGACUGGCACACGAUCACUUCUUGAGCAACCUCCUAGCACAGUCCUUCAUUCUGCUGAAACCAGCUUUCCACUGUCUGAAUGAAAUACUGGAUCUAUGCCACAGCUUCUGCUCACUUGUCAGCCAGAACCGGGGACCACUGGAUGAGCGGGGGACAGCCCAGCUGAGCAUCCUAGCCAAGGGCUUCAGCUGUCAGUCUUCACUCCUUUUCAAGAUCCUCUCCAGUGUUCACAAUCACCAGAUCAAUUCAGACUUGGCUCAGUUGCUGUUACGUCUCGACUACAACAAAUACUAUACCCAGGCUGGAGGCACCUUGGGCAGUGUGGGAUUAGAAUAGACCACCAGUCUCACAAUGAAGGCCAUUGCCACCUUUUCUGGGAAGCAAACCUGCUCUGGUCGGGAUACAUGUUCUUGCUUCUGGAGGAAGGUGCUGAGAGCUAUUGGGACCUCACCCUGGCACUCAGAAAGGACUCCGUCAGUGUGUGCUUCAUUAAAUGUGUCUGCUCUCCUUAUGCUGCAUGUUUUUCCAGAAGUGAAAGUGCUGCUUAGCAUUGACUUGGAAUUGUUUUCAAAUGCUGCUGUCACUUGUCAGCAAAUUUGGCUCUUUCUACUGCUAGCACUGCAAGUAAGUGCCAGAAAAGGAGGUUCUCUCAUUGCCCUUGUCAUCCAGAAGCCACAUUGUCCAAAUCAGGGUGAGCGUUGACCUGCUCUUAAUGGAAAAGUGCAAUUAGCUGCCAGAAAGUUGCUUUUUUGAAAAUGUAAUUUGAUAUCUCUAAAUACGAAAGCAGGAAGAAGAUACCGUAUAUUUCCAUUCUGGGCCUAGUCUGCCAGUGAAAGUGUUCCUUCUACUUUUUCUUGCAUCUUCUUUUCCUCACACAUACAGUGAGGGAGAGGGGAAUAAAUAAGUGGUGCAAGACUGCUGGUGUCUUUCAGGUAACCUGCCCUCCUCCACAACUCUCCAACCCUAUUUGUUUCAUUUUCUUCUGCCAUCAGUCUUAUUUUUGCUCUUUUUCUCCAGUCCACACUUUUCUUUCUACUCUUCCAAGUUCAGCAGCAAAAGCAUACAAUGGAAAAACACUAGCUAGUGCCCAAUCCACUGUGUGUAAAUUUAUCUUAUCUGAGAGGCAGGAGUCUCCACAAGUAAACACCUCCACAUUUGUUGGCAGAUCCUAGUCUGCAUCUACACAGAGUGUAGGCUGGUAUAACUGAGUAAGGAACUCUGGAGAACCCUUGAAUGAUACCGUUCUUGGACCAAGGGAUAAAAAGGACAGGCCAUCUACAGCAAUUGAUGUCAGCAUAUUAAAUGGGCAACUUUCCCUUCUUCCCUCUGCUGGCAGCUGCAAGUAAUCAUGCUGGGGCACAUUAGAGAUGGUAAGAGGAGAAAUCCUAGGUACUGCAACAAGAAAAUUGACGUUUAUUAUCAUAAAAGUCCAGAAGUUAAAACUAUAUACAGCACUUCAUGCACAGUUCAAGUGACACAGACAUUUAAAACCUGGGCGACAAUGACAGCCUCCACAAAGCAAAAAGGUUCAACUGGGGACAGAAUCAAGCUGAUAUUUUGGGUGUUUGAAUCCAACUUUCUUCCCAGCAAUGAGGCUCUGGAUCACCCACUCUUGGGUCACCACUGGCAGCUGCAGCGCUUCAGCACAUUUCAAGAAAGCUGCUGGGCACGAAGCAUCAGUCACCACGACAUCAAACACAGCCAGACUCACAUCUGUGGAAACAGAAAACAAGAAUUGCCCUGUGUGGUCAAACCUUUCCUCCUGCUUGUUCACAGCACCAGGUACUUGAUCUUGCUGCCUUUGGAAAAGGAUGGAUGGCAGCUCCACACAAGGAAGGGGGUGAAAGGAGAAGCAGCCAAUCAAUUCUUGCCCUGCCUCAUUCAACUUGUCAGCAACCCUCAGGAAUCUUAUGUAAUAAAAAACUUAUACAGUUAAAGCUCCUCCCACACCAGGCCUCUCUUCUGCACAGGGGGAUUGGUAUGUCUCUGUAGGCAACAGAGAGCCUCUUGCCAGUCUACCCACCACAGAAACCAUCUGGCUGCCUUCCAGGGGCUUGUACCUUUGCUCCAUGAGGCAGAUUCCUGCAGCUUAACAGAAGCAGCGCCCCCCAUCAUGAGAAUCUCAGACCAGAGCUCCAGGAAUUCCUGCUGCUCACUGGACACCAGAAGCACCUUCAGCUUACUGAAAGGAUUCUCUCGGGAGUGCCUAGAAGGAAGCAAGGUUAAAAGCAGCUCCACUGCAAGGGAACUGGACAUGCCACCCUGUUCCACCUGCACCAGGUGGGUAAGCUGCUCAUGGUCCCUCCAACAUUCAUGGACUUACCAGUCCAGCAACCUCUGCUCCUGCAGGCUAUAACCAGCUGGCAACAAAUAAUUCCGGUAGUUCUUCAGCUCGUUGGCAUGACAACUGUCAUAGACCCAGAUGUGAGACACACAGGGGAUUCCUCGGGCAAGGCACAGAAAAUACAUCCGGUUGCGGCAGUGUCUGUCUGCUAUCAAGAAGCACUGGUAGGCUGCACUGCACUGGACAAAGGAAGUAGAGGCUGGGACCUGGGCUUCCAUAGAAACACAAAGCCUUGGAAGAGGCUGCAGAUUCAGUAAAUGCUUAUUUGACAACUAGCCAGCCAGGCUUACUGCAAAAUGGAAGGCUCAGUACUGGCAGAAGUGGAGAAUUGAGAAACGGGCCAAUAGAAGGAAAAGAGGCUCUCUUUGCCUCUACUUCAAACAGCCCCUAUCAAGAUCUGUCCCAUUCCAAGGAGCAUCAUGGUCAGGCACCUCCUUUUCUCAUCCCAGGGCUUGAAAGGAGAGCAAAUGGCAAUUCCCACUUGACAACAUGUGUGCAGGUGAAGCUGCCACCCAUCACACUCCUGCCACCCUUGGACCACACCCAGAAAAGCAUACGUUUCAUCAUUAAAAGGAAAACAGCAGCAAAGCACCGCCAACCUGGGUCAUGCUACUUCAUGCAUCCCCAGCUCUGGCUCCUGACCUGGCUUUCAUUGAAUUCCUCCAGGAUGAAACCACCUCCAGCUUGCAGCUGCAGUCCAAUGUAGUGUUUGUUGUAAGGUGUUACCUCCAAGAAGUCUAGAAAACAGGAUGAAGUUAGUGGAGUUAAUUCUUUAGCAUAAAUAGAACACUACACCUCUUCCCUUGCAAGAGGGCUGUGAAACAUUCGCACACAAUCAAAAUUUCAGAUUUUUAAAAGCUGCAUGUUGACUUCUUUUAAAUGCUUGCUUCUGUCAAUUUUUAAGUUAGUAUUUUGAUUUUUCUUUGUAAACUAUGAAUUUUGUUAAAUAAAGAACAUUAAAACAAC